UACCCGGAAGACUAUCUCAAGUUCCGAGAAGUAUCGCCGCCAUAUUGACAGACAGCAGCUAACCUUGUCGACAUGGCGGCCCAGACACCAGUUCCUGGGUGUCCCCGCCAUAAAGGGAUGGGGUUUAUUUAUGUGUGUUUAUCGUGUGAGGACGAGUUAAUUUGUAUGGACUGUGUUACAGACAGUCACUUCGGUCACAAGAUGGGUAAACUGACUGAUUACGUGGCGGACCAGAAACGGGAAAUACAGCAGUAUGUUGACAAGCUUUCCAAAUCCGACAUUCCUAAAAUCAAGGAGGAUAUUCGUAAAAGUGAAACAAACGGUGGAGGAUAUCAGAAAGUUAUCAGUGACAUUAAACAUCAGGGGAAACAGAUGAAAGACACCAUCGAUAAUGCCAUUGAGUUGUUAGUGAAGAUGUGUACCGAGCUAGAGAAACUGAAUAGAAGUGUUUCCGAGAAAAACAGAACUGCACUAACCAAACAUCUGAGGGAGGACCUGGAACCAAAACUGGACAGAUGCCAGCAGGUACUGACAUCCGGUACAACCGUUGCCGUCACUACAUUAGCGCGGGAAAUCAGGAAUACCUCAAUUGACCCUCCCUUUCCUCGACGUUUGCAGACUUUGGAGUUCAAACCCGGGACCAUCUCCACCGAACUUCUGGAACGCAUGCUUGGUAAGGUACUCGUCGACGGAGAAGAUCAGUCGUACAAACCGAUUCCGAAACCUGUGGUGUUGUCCGAGUUUAAGACGUCGUUUCUUUACGAUGUAUGUCGUACAUGUCUUACUGGUGACGAGGCAUGGUUAUCGUACUGGGACGCUGAAAGCGUGUAUCGGGUUGACAUAAAAGGCAGUGUUAAGGAGACUAUCGAGUGUAAGGUCAAAGUCAGUUCGAUCUCUGUAUCCCCGACCACGGGUAGGGUGUGGUUCUGUGUGUGUGAUGACCGAAGUAUCCGGGAAAUCACGACGGGUGGUGACGUUGUUACACGCUUUAACGUUAACAACACACCAGGUUCUCUGUGUAUCACUAGUGAUGACAUGGUGAUAGUGGGGAUGUUGGGAGGAAUACAACUGUACACUACAGACGGCCGGGCAGUGUCAGCUGGAGCGGGCCGUCCUUGUCGACAGGUGGCAGUAGUUCCUCAUCACAUGACGUCUAGUUCUCUGACCGGGGAUGUAGCUGCUGUUGAUACUGACGGUGUAGGUUAUGAUAACUACAUCGCUGGUAAGACACCAGACAAACAGCCUCACGUCAUCGUGAUGGAUAAACACCUAAACCUGAAGUUUCUCUGUAAAGCCAUUGGUACAACCACAUCAAACAGAAGUUCCAGUCAGUCAUCAAAGUUUUACCCUGGCGAUGUUUGUUUUGAUGGAGCUGGUGAUAUCCUCGUAACGGACUUUGUAACCAAGUCGGUACUACUGAUUGACGGGAAUACUGGACGCUGUAUGAGGACUGUUUAUACAUCCGAUGGAAGGGAACCAUGGUAUAUCAGUCUACUCGAGGACGGUAACCUCUGGGUUAGACACGAGGACGAUAGAACGAAAAUACUCAAAUAUAAAUAGACAUAAGACAUAUAUCCUUGUGUUGAACAAUGCACAGUGUCCUUCAAAUGCUGUGGAUACGUGUACACGUGUAUGUGUUUUAUUUGAAUAAUAUCUUGUUCUAAAUUGACGAUUUCUUUAAACAUUUGAUUUCAAAAUUGUACAAAUGAUAAGUUACUGAUUGGUUUACCAGUUUAUAAUAUGUACUUUUAUAUAGUCAUCUCAUUGAAAAAGAAAAAAAGAAAUAUUGUCAACUUCAAAAAUAGAUUAGGAAAAAAUCCAACCAGAUAGCUAGGUUUAGGACUGUCACAACCAAUUCUGCUAAUCAGCUUCCGUUUUUUGGGAACCGCGUCCCUAAGGAAAAUGAGUUUUUGGGAUGUUAGCUGAGUAAUUAACAUAUAUAAUAUGCACUUAAAUGUUACUUAUUUCAUUGGCUAAAUUUAUUAUUGAUAUAAAGGAGAUAAUUAAGUCAUAAUUUGUUUUACCAUGCAUUAUUAUUAAUAAUGUGUUUGUAUUCAUAUUCUCUGCACUAUACUGUUUACGAGAAUAAACAAUUGUCAUUAUAAACCGG